AUGAGCAAAUUCGUCGAUCAGGCUGUUGAAGUCUACCGAAAUGUCCCUGAUUGGGGCGAGAUGUACUUCUCAAAGAAGGAUUGUCUGGUGGCUGUUGGAAUGGCGGAAGAAGCUGCUGAAUCUGAGUCAAAUCAGCGACAAAUGCGUCGACAACUGAAAGGACUUGAGCAGGCACACGGACCUCCUUAUCAUCCAAACAAUGAAGAAGAGAAUACAAUGCGUGCUGUGUACCUUGCUAGCCUGAUUACUGUCAAUCCGACAACUGGGAAGAAGGCUUCUCUUACUUUUGUCAUGCAGGUUGCUGGAUUUCCGGCUGCUUCAUCUGGGCCCGGAAAGGACCACAUGCGUGUCUCUCGUCGAUGGGGGACGGCUAAGAAGAAGAAGCAAGUACUGGAUUCUCUGCCUACCCAAGCAUCUGCCAGCACUAAUAAGCGUCCACCAGUGCCCCCUCAAGCAACAGCAAAGGCUCGUGCCCCUCAAGCAAAAGCAAAGGCUCCUUCCAACGUGGCUGUGAAGCCUCCAAGAGUUGUUCAUCUGUCAGAUGAUGAUUCCUCCGAUGCACCCAGCAUAUUGUCUCCCUUGUCUUCUGCUUCUACUUCAGGCUCAGUAAAUAGAAAGGAAUCCGCUGUCACUACUGAGAAGGAAUUUGAAAUCUACAACACUCCACCAAUCUUCGAUUAUUCUGAGACAAUGCCACCACCAUUCACGGAUCCUCUUUCGGAUGUUUCAUCUUUGGCAUCUUCUUCCAAUAUCUCCUUCAAGAAUGCCAAACAGCGGCCAAAGAACAUUAACAGUGCCAUCUCUCACUUAACAACAUCGCAGACCCACAGGAGAACAACUCAAGCUGCGCAAGUGGAGAGGCAGACGGAGAGGGAGCUGGAAAACAUUCGAAAGUCGAUGUACAAGGCUGGAACGGUCAUCUACAAGUCUAGAAUUGGCUGA